AUGUACAUCGUGCUUACUGCAAUUAUGGUCUGGCGAGCAAGCAAAAGCUUCUCCGUCAUUCUCGCAAUACUUUUGAAUGACUUCUACGUAGCCCAACCCAAGUAUGCGACCGAGGAAGGCACCAUGAAGUGGAUCUGGAAGUUUGCCGUCGCCGGAAUCGAUUAUCACCUCAUCAGAUAUGUCUUGUGGCCGCUUAUUACCAAGUUUGCCACCACCCACUUAUACCUUCGUCUUCGCCACGGUUUCCGCGAGACGGAAGUAGUAUUCCGCGCUCCUACAGGCAGGCGUUACGAGCAGAUAAUGUCCCUUCCGCCAGACCAAUGUAAGCACGCUUGGGACCAAGCCCUAAUGCAAGCCACGAACAAGCACUUCCUCAGGAGCAACACAGGAUUCAACACUAGAUCCCCACCCUGGAAUCUUUGCUACCUCGCAUCAGCACACGCAUACGAGCUGGAAGCUCAAGGUGUAUACGAUCUCAAAAACUGGGAAAUAAGUGUUUGGCACAAGAAUUCGGAUCAACGGUGGACACUUUGGGAGGCUUGGAAACUUGGCGAUUCAGCAGAACAAGCAAAAACAUUUGAGGUUAUCAAGACGAGGCUGAAGGAUCAAGGGAAAUUGGAGUUUCUUGCGAAAUGGGACGCUAUCGUGACUCAAUACACAAAUGAAAACGAGGAAGGCAAAGCAGCGCUCACACAGGGGCUGAACAAUCUUUUUACGCAGGAGGGUCUUGACCUCGCGGUUCUUUGGGACGAAGCUGUGGCAGAAAGGGAGGAGACGCCUUGA